GGUAUUCCGGGAAAUUUGGAUAUUAUUGACACAACCGUGAAAGUUUUGGAUAUACAAGUGUAUUAAUAACUGGAUCCAUAAAUAAACGAAGAGAAGGUGAGGCCCGAAGCCUGACUUCUACGAAAUCCAGAUGAUUCCAACUAAAUUUCAAAGCUAGAAUACUCCUUCGAUUCAUCAGAGAGCAGCGGCGUAGUAGGAGGAGGAGAAGAAAUGAAGGCGAGAAUGAUGAAACUUACAAUCGCCUUCUGCUACUCAAUCUGUUCUGUGCUGAUCGUGGCGGCGGCGGUCACGGCGGCGCCAAUCGAGGACUUCAAGGUCGAGGACGGCAAAGUGCUGGUACUGGACGAGUCCAACUUCGAUUCCGCGAUCUCCACCUUCGAUCACAUCUUCGUCGACUUCUACGCUCCAUGGUGCGGCCACUGCAAGCGCCUAGCUCCCGAGUUGGACAAGGCUGCUGCGAUUGUGGCCGAAUCGAAAGACGCCAUUGUUAUAGCCAAAAUCGAUGCCGAGAAGUAUAGGCGGCUCGCUGAUAAACACGAUGUGGAUGGGUAUCCGACUCUGAAGAUCUUCAUCCAUGGAGUUGGCAUGGACUAUUACGGUCCAAGGAAAGCUGAUUUGCUGGUUCGUUAUUUGAAGAAAUUUGUGGCCCCGAAUGUUGCAACUCUUGAUUCUGACUCUGCAAUUAAGGAGUUUGUCGAAGGGGCUGGCACGUUUUUCCCUAUAUAUCUGGGGUUUGGGUUAGAUGAGUCUACAAUCUCAAAUUUAGCUGUGAAGUACAAGAAGAAAGCUUGGUUUGCUGUGGCGAAGGGUUUCUCGGAGGAUGUUAUGUUGCAGUAUAACUUCGACAAGGCUCCUGCUUUGGUGUCCAUUAAUCCUACUUAUAAUGAGCAGAACACCUUCUAUGGUCCCUUUGAAGAGGAGUUUAUUGAUACAUUCAUUACCCAAAAUUUUCUGCCACUUGCUGUGCCGAUGAACCACGACACACUGAAGAUUUUGAAGGAUGAUAAGAGGAAAAUUGUGCUGACCAUUGUGGAGGAUGAACUGGAGGAGAAAUCAAGAAACUUGAUCAAGUUACUGAAGGCUGCUGCAUCUGCAAAUCGUGAUUUGGUAUUCGGUUAUGUAGGAGUCAAACAAUGGGGAGAGUUUGCUGAUUCAUUUGGCGACAAUGGCAAAAAGAAUCUUCCAAGAUCAGUCGUGUGGGAUGGAGAUGAGGAGUAUCAUGUGGUUCUUGGCUCAGAGAGAAUGGAGGAGGAAGACCAAGGAACCCAGAUCUCACAGUUCCUCGAGGGAUUUAGAGCAGGGCGAACUGACAAGAGACAGAUAAGCGGUCCUUCCUUCAUGAGCUUCAUCAAUUCACUAAUCGGGGUCAGACUUGUGUACAUACUCGUGUUCCUCGUCGGCGUCUUUAUGCUUAUCCAGAGCAUUUGCAAGGAAGAGCCUCUUACUGUUGGCACCCGAGACUCAGUCGAUCAUACUACAACUACCACUACAGCAUCUGAAGGAGAACGCACGCGGGACAAGGAAGACUAAUAAACUCAAGAGAACUGACCCCCACAGCUCAUGCCAUUCUCCAAAAACAGCACGGUCAGUUGCUACUUGCUUACGAGCACCACCGAAUAGCACUCCGUUCCAGAAUACGAAUUUUAACCGAUGAUUUGGUGCUUUGAAUGUAGAAAAUGUCUAUUUAAGGUCUUUGUGAUUCUAGAUUAACUCGUAAUCAUCCACGGUUUAGUAUUCCAUUCUGCAAAUUUUUCUCGAGAACAUGAGAAUUAUCGAUAGCUGUCCUUAUCGGUUAAAUCUUUCACCGUGGCUAUCCCGGGAUAGCUCAGGGUUUUUUUCCAGGUUAUGUUCAGGAGUGGCUGUGCUCUUCAGUUCGAGCUUUUUCAUCUUCUAAUUUUUGGAAGGAACUAGUACCUAGGUGUUUGAAGAGCUUUGAUCCUGGAACCCAUAGAAUCUUGUUCUUGUUUUAUUACCAUCGACCAACCAAGGAAGACUCGAGCCGAGUUGGGUCAGGUCGAACCGAGCGGGUUAGUCUGAAUAUGUGAAAAUGAUGUGUAAAAAAUGGUCCAGGACGAGACAGAGUUGAUGGUCGGUCUGGAGCUUAGCUUGUGGUCCAAAAAGAAGCGAUGUAUGGUUGAUAGAUGACUCUCUUUAUAUUGUCUUAGAACGUGAAAUUAUAUGCUGCUGCCGUAUCGUCCAAUUCCAUACAAAGUUACAAACCUGUCCACUUCAAAGCAGAUGUACCAGUUAACUUCCCGUAGCUUCCUUCAUCAGUUCUUGGGUUUUAGCAGUAACAGCAGACGUGCAUCUUACAUAGUCAUUGGAUGUAGAGCAUAUCAGCGUGUCAAUCUAACACGACUAUAAACGUGGGAGCUAUUGAACGGGAUUCUCAGGCGUUGAUCGUUCUGGCAUUGCCCUUCGCUGUUAUUGCGAGGUUUGAAUUGGAAUGACUUACAUUGAUGAGCGUCUUUAGGUGUCAAACAUUUACUCCGUCAUUUAUAAGCAUACAUUUAAAUGAAGUCUUGAUCUUAAAUUCCUGAGCUUUAACGCAAAAUCUUUUAACCACUAAAAUCAUGAAAAUCUUUCGCAAAAUUUUCAUAUCGUAAAUUUUUUUCCGAAUAACCAUAUAGAGUAAAGUGCAUGUAUCUUAAGUGAUACAUGCAAUGUAGCUUUCUUGCUUGACUCCCAUAUUUUGGAGAUUCCCAUGCACAUGCAAUGCCGUGGUAUGAAGAAUUGUUCAUUCCAACACCAAACGAUACUAAAGUGCCAUUUAACUUUUUUGAUUACUAUAGGCAUCACCCCUAAAUCAUUGACUCGAGGGGAUUAUUUUGUGCGCUCUUUGUUGCUUCUUUCCGAAUCAUCCAACCUAACAUAAUCUGACAUAUGAGUUGAGUUUAGAUCACACCCCUUAAAUAGAGCAAUUCUACCAUGCUAUAUAGUAUUGGUGCUUUAAUGUACAACUUGAAGUUGUACAUUAACAUUAAAUGUACAAGUUUAGGUUGUACCAUAAAGGAAUUUGUAUCAUUAUGUUAUGGUACAACUUUACAACCAUCACAUAAGGUACAAGUUUAAGUUGUACCAUAAAAAAAUUUGUACAAAAGGUAUAGGUACAAUCUGAAGUUGUACCAUAACAUUAAAGGUACAAUUUCAAGUUGUACCACAAAGGUAAAAACCUAUAGCACAAAUGCUAUAUAGCAUUGUAAUAUUCCUCCCCUAAAUAAGUUAAACAUCAUCUCAUUGUUUCGUCCGAAAAGAGAAUACAUUCAAUUCUGUAAAACUAUUGACUCAAGAGUCAAUGUAAUGGGGCGUAGGUUCGUUUUCAUUUCCUAAAAAAGAGUGUGCCUGAUAAAUGAUUUGCGGUAUUUUUUUGGGAGGGAUAGGUCCAGGCAGAAAUAAGGUGUCAAAAUUGAAGAAGUGAUUAGUUCAAUGGAUUGGAUGGAUCAGAGUAAGGAAGGGGCAAAUGGUGAAAACUCGCAUUUAAGUUGUUCCUUUAAUGUCAAUCGACCAGUCAAUUAAGUUGUCCCCAAACAAAAUAUGGCAGGAAAAUCAAGGCCAAACUGAGGCUCAUCGGGCUCGUUUCACCCGAAAUAAUUCGAGAACCAAAGCCGCUUAUACACUACUAUCUUUGUUAGAAAAAAACACUCUCAAGGGAAACACAAUGCACCAAGCAAGCCAUGAUGAUAGACCAAAAACUAUCUCUUGAUACCACUAGCACUCCGUUAGGUGACUAAGAAAGAGAUUUGGUUUACGUGUAUCAAUUAUCAAAGUGGUUAACACUUAGACGAAAAGGAAAGGAAAACAAAUCUCACUCACAUAUUUCACUCCACCACUAAACAAAUUGUGUAUCUGUGCAUGAUCAUGUAUUGAAAAUUAAUAACAACAAAUACAUACAUUCUUAUCUUCUCCACAUAAUUACUUAUCGUGAUUGAAAAGUGUCAAAACUAAAAAUACAGACCCUGCCAAAGCAUAUGAAAGAAAUAACAAGAGUCCCCUCAAUGUUGAACUUUUGCCCUAAUCUAUCAAUUUUGGCGAAGCCAAUGAACAUAUAAAAACAAUACAAGGACCAAAAAAUGGACAAACUGUUGCUUUCCAUUAUAUGGGUGAAAGCUUGUCCCGAAGACCCACCGACCCGUCCCGACCCGUCCCGUCCCUAAGGGUCGGGACGGGUCAGUUUGUCUACAGGGACAGAUUAGGGACGGGUCAUUUGUUGACCCUGUAAGGGUCGGGACGGGUCGGGAUAACUUAGGGACGGGUCACAUUUUGAUCCUGUGACCCUUAGCAACAACAAAUAUCUCAUACUUCAUUGGACCUUUUUGUAAAGUUUUAAAAGUUUAGGUACUAAUUUGUAAUAAUAAUAAAAAAUUGGGUACCAAAACGUAAUUUUACCAUCAAAAUUUAUGGACUUAUUUGUAAAAAAAAUAAAAUUUAGGUACUAAAUUGUAAGAAAAAAUAAUUUUGGGU